UUCUCGGUUAAUAUGACAAACGACGCCCAAUCCCUCUCCAGCUCCUCUGUCCUCCAGCUGCGUUCCAAUGGCUAAACCAGUCUCUCUGUCCCUUCUCUUCCUUCGUCCAACACUCACACUCUCUCGCUUACUGCAACCACACCCAAUCCUCAGAGCCGUACUCUCUCGACCAUGGCCGCCCUCAACGAUGUCUUUUUCAACCACCUCCACUCCGUACCCACUUCAGUACGACCUGAUCGUCAACCGCCCAACUCAGUCCUCGCUCGACCACACUCACCGCCGACCCGCCCGACUCAGCAAACUCGACUCAGAUCACUCCCCGGAUUCCGAAUCAGAUUUACCGGAAAAACCCGCCUCCGUCUCAGAGUUGGGUUUCGAGAACUGGCUUGAUGAGAAGCUGGCUUCGGCGGAGAUGGACAAGUCGAAGAGGAAGUACUACAACAAGAGGAGGAAGAGGAUGUACGGAAUCGAUUCGGAAGAAGAUGAAAGGCGGAGGGAGGAGGAGGAGAGUUUGGUGGAGUUGAAGCCGGAGGUGGUUGAGUUCAACACGUUGCACAAGAGAGAGGAGGAGCUCUACUUUUACGACACGUUUACAUAUCCAUGGGAGAAGGACAAGCAUUACAAGAUGGUGUACCAGCUGGAGAAGAAGUACUUUCCUGAUCAGUGUCUCGACAAGGCGUUUCUUGAACCAGGUCAAUCCAGUCCCAAUGCCAAUGGUGAUAAUAAUAAUAAUGUGAAGGGGAAGGUGAAGCGAAAGAAGAAGAAGGAUGGGGAUGGUGAGGAAGUGGAGAGUAAUAAUAGUAAGGGGUUGGUGUUCUUUGAGGAAGAUGAAGAGAGAAAAGAAAAGGGCGAGAGAGAUUUGGUGAGCAAUGUGAGUAAAGAUGUUACAGAGAAGAAGGUGGAAGACUUCUUUAAGUGUUUGAAGAAAGUCCCCAAUAAAGAUGCUGAGGUUGGUAAUGGGGAGCCAUAUCUUUUGACAAGGACUACUGAGCUUCCUCCCAAAUGGGAUGGUCCCUAUGGGACUGUGGUUUUGGUGAACAAACCCAAAGGAUGGACUUCUUUUACAGUUUGUGGAAAGCUACGUCGCCUAGUUAAAGUGAAAAAGGUAGGGCAUGCUGGAACUCUUGAUCCUAUGGCAACUGGUUUAUUAAUUGUAUGUGUUGGAAAAGCCACUAAGGUGGUAGACGGAUACCAAGGUAUGAUCAAGGGUUACAGUGGUGUUUUCCGAUUGGGGGAGGCUACUUCAACUUGGGAUGCUGAUUCACCGGUCAUUCAGCGUGAGCCCUGGGAGCAUAUCAAAGAUGAAGACAUAAAAAAAGUUGCUGCAUCCUUUUCUGGGGAGAUCUGGCAAGUACCUCCAAUGUUUUCUGCCAUCAAAGUUGGAGGUGAAAAGAUGUAUGAGAAAGCAAGAAGAGGAGAAAGCAUUGAGCUCUCACCUAGACGUAUAUCAAUCUUCCAGUUUGACAUUGAGCGCAGCUUGGAUGACAGACAAAAUUUGAUUUUCCGGGUUACUUGCUCCAAAGGGACAUACAUUCGGUCGCUAUGUGCAGAUUUGGGGAAGGCUCUCGGAAGCUGUGCCCAUUUAACUGCUCUUCGAAGAGAUUCAAUUGGGGAAUUUUCUGCGGACAAUGCAUGGGACUUCAAAGAGCUGGAAGAGGCAAUUACCAAAACUUAUUUCUAACUAUGAUUGCAAUCUGAUUCUUUGUCUCACAAGUUUUGGAGCUUUGGCGAAGUACACAAGACUACAAGAGGAUCGGCCAAUUCUUUUUUAAGCUUAUUAUAGCCAUAAAAAUUGAGAUUUUUUUUCUUUUACCUUUUCUUUUAAUUUAAAAUGUAACAUAUUUUUGUGUGUUAAUUUAAGUGUAGCAUUAAUCAUUUAAGAAAUUGAAUUGUGAGAACUUGAGUUCAUGAUCAAA